AUGAGUCGUGUCAGGCGAGGUGAUGCGAUGGAUACAAACAACGAGGAGAACCCCGGUGGCUCCCCCCCCAGCAAUAGCUCUGACCAUAAAGGCAAAGGCAAAGCUGGACAAGAUGAGCCAGCACAGGGGGGAGGAUCCAAGGAAGCUUCUUCCAUGCUGGACCGCGUGCAGUCAUCAGGUAGAGCUCUGCUCCGCGACGCAAUAAGCGACAAAACGAUGCCGGGUUUUGUCUCCAACCCAAAAGGAGCAUCAGCAUCCGCAUCCGCAUCCGCAUCCGCAUCCGGCACGUCGACAUGCUCUCCUACAAGUGGUUUCCCACACGCCGACAUCACCAAGACCCAGUCUGGGGCAAGAGUCCAAGACAAGCUCCCGCAACAUGCCUUCAGGUCUCGGCACGACUCGCUGCGGGGCUCCGCUGCUUUUGCGGCUUUCGCAAGCGCCUCCAGCUUGGGGGACGCCAUUCGCGCGGACCGUCUGCUGGGAUCGCCUGGACAGUCCACGUCGGUGAGCGACCAGCAAAGCCUGGACGGCAUGGACGUGGUGAAGCUGUUGUCCGAGCCCGAAGUCUGUGACGACGCAUCCUCCGCAGACGGCAGCGAGCUUCUCACCCCGCUGGAGGCGGCGAGGCUGCGCGAGGCCCUGUUCGAGGCCGGAAGCACCUGGCCGUUCUGGGACCAGCUGCUGAACUUUACCCCGUCCUUCCAGCCGCGUCCUGACUCAUCCGCAGACGUUGCCAGAUCUCAUCUGGGCACAGGGGAUCCAGAGGAAGCCUCCAGGAUCUGGCUUCAGCAGUGGAGUGACGUGCUUUCGUCUUACACGGAUGAAGUUUGGGGCGAUCUAGGCCCGCUUGCGCUGGAGGCCAAGAGAGAAGUGGUGCAGCGGGCGAGGGCAGGUGACGACGAGUCGCGCAGCUCGGAUACAAAAGCGCUCGACAGGCUUAGACUGAUUCUGGCACAAGUGCGAGGCCGCAGCGAGCAGGUGGAAGCGGAAGCUGGCUGA